AUGGAAGUGGCUGUGGUGGAACAUUACCCAGUCUCUGAGACCCAAUUCAUGGCUGGGGUCAUGUCAGCAAAGUCUCCUGCAUCUGAAGACACAGUCAUAUUGGUCGCUUUUUGUCAACACCUCCUCCUAGAUGUCUUUGGCAUGCUAGAAUAUCUGGACACAGACCUUGACCCUGCUACAGGCACUUUCAUUGAUUCAUUUGACCACUGGAUUGGGGCAUUCAUGACAGACCCCAACAUUUGCCAGUGCCUUUUCAAAAUACACAUGCCUGUCUGGAUGGUCUGGAAACCCAAUUGUGUACCCCCAGACAUGCAAGUGUUGAAGACCAUCGAGAUUACAUGCCCUCAUGACAUAGUCAUGGAUCCUGAGGUUUUUGAGGUCAGGCAGAUGCUGAAAUGGCACAGCGCCUGGUACCACCCUGGUGAAUCACACCACAGGCACACUCAACAAGGCCCAGUGAUUGGGCUCAAGCAAUUUGUGGCUCCCUGUCCAGAACCACCAUGCACCAGCAGUGGUGUGGCCUUGACUCCCACAAGCAUGGGUCCCAUGGCUUCCAAUUCUGCAAGUUCCAGCAGUGCAAGUUCAAGUACAGGAGCUGUUAGGAUGGGCAGGGCUCGACAAUGUAAUCAGCCAUAUCCCCCUGCAGGCUCAAGAGGAGCCAAGCCAUCAGUCAUUCUGAAUCCCAAACUGUGGGAAGACCUCAGUGAUCCAGCUAUUCCCCCUGCUAUGUCUGCAUGGCAUGCUGCCCUGAAGGAUGUGAAUAAGGAUGCAAAAAGGCCUGAGUCUGUUUGUGAGGGGCAAGUCCUCCAAUCACCAGCAGAGGAUUUCCUGAACACAAUUCCCAAGCAGAUUUCAUCCACAUUUUCCAGUGACCAACUACAUGAAUCUGCUGCCCUCUUCAGUCCUGAGCUUGUCAGCCUCCAACAUGACAUACCUAGCCAUGUACAAUUCCAGGAUAUUUCAAUUUCCCUUGCAGACCUCAUUACCACUGAUCAGAUGACAAAAAGCAAGAUUUUAUGGGAUUUAUAUGAACACAACUUCCAGUUCAAGUUGGUUGCUCUUGACCAUGUGAUGAUGCCUAGCCUGUGGUCGAAUCAGGAUUCAGAGUGGCUUGAUCAUGUCCAGCAGAUUUUCCCUGGUGAUUUGGAGCUCACCAUGUGUGCUGAGCCUUUCCCUCAGAAAAAUCAAGGCCUUGGCUCAUCUGACUUGCAAUUGAAAUGGGAGUAUGUAGAGAAGCUCUGGGCAUUACUUGCUGUAUGGCCAGGAUGCCCCUUGGACUUGGUGGAGCCAAUUAUGCCAUUAGUGUCAUCGUCGUGUGUCUGGGCAAUGGAAAAGAAGUUGGCUAUAUUUUAUGCACAGUCAUUCUUUGAUACUUUUGGUCAUCUGCCCCUUCUUCCCUGCCUUAUUCCAACUGCACUGUGUGGUUACAGUUCAAAUAGUUGGUAA